ACCGUCGCAUAAAAUGUUGCUGAAAAUCGGUAUAAUUUUUGCACUGUGCCUAACGGCAUUAAGCAGUGGCGAACGUGUACGCUAUGAUAAUUACCGAGUCUACAAGUUGAAUGCAUCCAAUAACGAAGAAUUGGCGCUACUGAAACGCAUGGAGGACACCAGCGAUUCAUUGCUCUUCUUAGACGGCAUUCACAGAGUAAACAGAGCUGUAAAGGUUGUGGUUGCGCCACAUAAGUUGCACGAUUUUCUGCUGAUAUUGGAUACAAAUAAGAUUGAGUACGAGUUGGUGGAACAAAAUUUACAAACAGCUUUGGACAAGGAUUACGAACAGAUUGAAACACGUGCCACCACCUCUCGUCGUUGGACGAGCUAUCAAACAUUGAGCAACACUUAUUCAUGGCUGGUGUCGUUGGCUAAUUCGCAUGCUGCUAAUGCCACCUUGAUUGAAGGUGGUAAGAGCUAUGAGAAGCGUUCCAUAUUGGGCAUUAAGAUCUCGAUACAGAAUGGAAAAAAACAGAAACCUGGCAUAUUCUUGGAAGCUGGUAUACACGCGCGUGAAUGGAUUGCACCCGCUACAGCCACUUAUAUCAUCAAUGAACUGUUGACCUCUACAGAUGAGCAAAUUAAGGAGUUGGCUGAGAAUUACGAUUGGUAUAUAUUUCCGCAUGCCAAUCCCGAUGGUUAUAUGUAUACGCAUUCGACAGAUCGCAUGUGGCGUAAGACGCGUCAGCCAUAUGACACCUGCUUUGGUGCAGAUCCUAAUCGUAAUUGGAAUGCUUCUUGGAAUUCGGUGGGCGCCAGCAGUAAUCCUUGUUCGGACACAUUUGCCGGCAGUGCUGCAAAUUCAGAAAUCGAAGUGCUAUCACUUUCCAAUUAUAUUGACUCGUUAAAGAAUAAAAUCAAAUUGUACAUCUCAUUCCAUUCAUUUUCGCAAUAUUUGCUUUAUCCGUAUGGCAACACCUCUGCGCUGCCCGAUAACGUCAAAGACUAUGAACAAGUGUACAAUGCUACCACAAAGGCGAUAGGUAACCGUUAUGGAACUGUCUAUACCGGCGGUAAUAUUUACGAUGCUAUCUACCCGGCCGCCGGUUCGAGUGUGGAUUAUGCCUAUGUUAACGCGGGUAUCCGUAUGGCUUUUUGCUUUGAGCUGCGUCCGAAUGGAGCCUUCAACGGUAAUGGCAUGGAACUGCCCGCUGAGCAGAUAAUACCCACCGCAGAGGAGACAUUGGACGGUAUAGUAGCUAUGGUGAACGAAGUCAAGUCUUUAGGCUAUUUUGAUUAGAAAAAUAUGUUAAAAAUGUUAUUUAAAAAAUCGACAAAAAAGUAAAAUCA